GUGAACAACUUUCUGAUGACCGGGCCAAAGGCGUUCCUGACCUAUUCCAGCAGUGUUGCUGCUGGGGCUGAAUCCGGCAUUGAUGAAUGUAAACACCAGUUUACCUGGGACCGCUGGAACUGUCCGGAGAGCGCAUUGCAACUGUCAACACACAAUGGCCUUCGGAGUGCCACGAGAGAAACUUCCUUCGUGCAUGCUAUCAGUUCUGCAGGCGUCAUGUACACGUUGACGAGAAACUGUAGUAUGGGGAACUUCGACAACUGCGGUUGUGAUGAAUCCAGGAGUGGCCAGGCCGGUGGCCGAGGCUGGAUUUGGGGAGGAUGUAGUGACAAUGUUGAAUUUGGAGAACGAAUUUCUAAACAGUUUGUCGAUGCUUUGGAGACGGGGCAGGAUUCCAGAGCUGCCAUGAAUCUGCAUAAUAACGAAGCAGGGAGAAGGGCUGUCCGAGAGACCAUGAAGCGAACCUGCAAGUGUCAUGGAGUGUCGGGAAGCUGCAGUAUCCAGACUUGCUGGCUCCAGUUAGCUGACUUCCGAGACGUUGGGAACUACUUGAAAGUGAAACAUGAACAAGCUGUAAAGAUCGAUUUGGAGAAGAGGCGUAUGAAAGGGGGAAAUAGCGCGGAUAACCGUGCGGCGAUCGCAGAAGCGUUCAGAGUUGUGCCGCGGACAGAACUUGUCUACCUUGAAGACUCUCCCGAUUACUGCGUCCGGAACGUUACGCUGGGAUUGCAAGGAACAGAAGGGAGGGAAUGUCUCCAAAGUGGUAAGAACCUCUCCCAGUGGGAGAGAAGGAGCUGCAGAAGGCUGUGCGGAGAGUGCGGGCUCAGGCCAGAGGAGAAGGACACUGAGAUUAUCACUAGUUGCAACUGCAAAUUUCACUGGUGUUGUACUGUCAGAUGUGAGCAGUGCAAGCAAAUAGUAACAAAACAUUACUGCUCUCGGCGAGACAAGAACAGGUCCUUCAAGCGCAAAAAUCGGGCUCAGUAUUGGUUAAACCCAUGA